AUGACAGCAACGCACCAUUCGAUGUUGCGGGUGGUGGCUGCUGCUGUCUCUCAUCCCGUUGCUUAUCGUCUUGCAGCACGGUCGGGACCUCAGCACCUCUCAUUCAAUUGUGGACGUCAACAAUAUCACUCGAUCUCGACUUCAGCAGCUUAUAGCUCUGCGGCAUGCACACAUCCUGAUGCAUCCCAAGUUGAAGACUCAAAACCCCCACUUCAGGCUUCGGCGCUGGUACCUCGCAGCGCCCUCCAUCGGCACCCUAAACUGGUCGUCAAGCGGCAGAAGCAGCGAGUCGUGCUGGAAGCUUGGCAAGAUCUGCCGUUCGACACAUUCAUGCGAGCGCUGGCACCCAAGAAUUUCAGAGGGCACUACCCUGAGGCACAAAAUACGCACGAGGCACUGGCCGGUGCUUUUGAAUUGGACGAUUUGAGGUUGGCACCCGCCCCUCUGUCAAGCAAGCAGUUCGUCGCAGUGCUCGACAAGUACCUGAACAAUCGAAAUCUAGAUGUGAAAACCUUUCUGGCUUAUCGAAACGCGAUGCUGGCAAAGAGCUGGCCCGACGCUCGUAGACACAUGGUCGAUAUCGCUGAUGACAUGUGGCCUCCCUUUGUGCUCCAUCGCACCAUCAACACGAUCAGCACGCCAUCCGAAGUAUCAGACGCGUUGGCGCUCCUCACUUGCUCGAUCUCCCGUGCCCGCAAUCUGUUAGAAAAUGGACAAACGACGGCCUUCAAAGCCCUUCAGUACUGCUUCGUCGUGCUUUUAAGACUCACAGUUAAACAGUACGGAACCGCAUUGCAUUUAAUCCCUCGGUUGACCGACCUGCUUUUGGCUCUGUUCCAACGCUUUCCCGAUCGAAUGGCAAGAUCGGUGGAUUUGGUGAACGAUUUCACGCGGCGAUGCACGGGUUUGCCAGACCAGAGGGCGCGCCAAGCGGUCAUGCGACUCUUGGAUUGGCUUGUAGCGCAACAAGGCACAGAAACGUUGGAGGACAUGCGCCGCAGAGUGUUCACAAGAUGCAUCAGCAGCAUCGAGGCCUCGAUGAAACGCUCACACGAAAGAUCCUCCUCGUCUGCACAUUUUGUUAACAUCGAACUUAUGGAGCGCCUUCUGCAAUACGAUACCGGUGCGGAUAUGGAGCUGAAAGCACGUGCGCUUAGGUGCGCCAUCUUCGCUUCCGGCAUCGACCGCAAUUAUGCGCGCACAUGGCAGUGGUUCAACGAUUACGAGCAGUGCAGACGCAAAAGUGGAUCAACGGUUUCUGGUGCUGACUAUCAGCUCCUUGCCAAAGCGUUGGUUCGGUCCAAGGAAGGACGUCAGGACGCAUGGAAGGAGUUUUUGCGAGGCGAGCAGCUCUUGCGAACCCAGCUCGAACAGACGGCAAGCGGCCGCACGAAGAAAAAGCGGCGCAGGCGAAUUGACAACGAGCUCGCUCCGAACUGCAUCGACUUGCUCGAGGUGAUGACCAAGAGUGACGAUGUGCGUUUGGGCAAGAUCUUUUCCAUGCUGGGCAUCUUUUUGCAGGGCGGCGACGAUUUUUCUGACGGUAGGUCGUUUGUGAAGGGCGAUCGAUUCUCACAGGCAAUGUUGCAACGAAGAGCCGAUCCGUAUGCAUACUCGGUGGUGAUGCACGGCUUGCUGUUGCGCAAAAGGCCAAAAUGUGCUGUAACGGUGUGGAAUGCCAUGCUGCAUCGCGGAGUGAUGCCCAAUCCGGCGACUCUGUCGUUGCUCUUGCAGAACCUAUUUCAACUGCGAGACGUCAAGACUGCACUGCAGCAACUGCAACUUUGGUGCGAACGAGGCGUGCCCAAGAUGGCGCAUGCAUGUAACAAGCUCAAAGACAUCGAGGUGCCGUCGUUGUCGACGACCCAAGUAGCCGAUAUCGACGCAAUUCUAGAAGCGAGCGCUUCAACUCAGCAGGAUCACGAGACGGAGCGAUACCGGGUGGUCCCGGAUCCCAUCCUUGCGACGGUUGUGUUCAGCGGACUGCACUCUAGUGGAUCUCAGGGCAUCGGAUCGCUGUGGGAAGUGUAUCAGCGUACGAUCAGGCGAUUCCCAGAUGCGCCGGUGCUUGCAAUGCUGCUCAAGGCAUCGUGUCCAGACGACGCCAGCUCGACCAUCGAUGCGCAGCGCGGCCGGCAAGUGUUUCGAAGCAUGCUGUUCCGCAAACACCCCGACUUGGCUGAGCAUCACAAUACAUUGAAGGAGCAACUUGGAGCACAAGGUGCCGCGGGAUGGCUCUUUUCAGAAGAACUGCUGGGAGCUCGGGUGGAAAAAUGGCUGACAUCAGUCUUCCUAUCUCGCACCGUUGCAGCUUGCGAUGAUGGAGGAGCCACGCAAGAGGCCAACCUGGACGCGCUCGUGUUCACGCCGGAACUGUUCGAGCACUACCUGCGACUCUUGCUGCACCUCGAACAUUCGUCAGAGAACAAAACGAAAGCACGCACAGCUCGAGAGGAGAUCAUUGACGUUCUCAGCUGGAUGCGGCACUUGCAUAUCACACCGACAUCGACGCACCUAGCAUUGACGGUGCUCGACAUUGAAGAAAACCUACCACCGGCUGUAGCAGCACGACAGUUGGACGUGCUCGACCGGUGGAUGGCGGAUUGGCUAGGCGAGCAGGCAUCACCAUCGCACGAGGUGAUGCAGCGUCAUUGGUUCUGGAAGACGAGACGGAACGGCCAAGGAAGGGGCUGGUUCGAAAAUGUGUCAGGGUCGCAGACAGCUUGGUCUGAGCAAAGAGUUGCAUCCAAGCGUGCACUCGAGUGA